UAAGCACAUCUUGUGCCUUCACUUGCUUCACACUCGUUCUUGUUCCUAAAUCUAUUCAGAUCAUCAAAAUCUAUCCCCUUUUCAUAACCCACAAAUCAAACUCAAUAAAGUUCAAAUCUUUACCAUCAAAAACCCAAUUAAACCCAAAAAAAUUCAAUCUUUUUUUCAAUUUCUUUAAUUUGAGAUCAUGGGUAAGGUAGCGGUAGCGGCGGCGGUGGUGGGUACCGCCGCGGUGACUGCGGCGGUGGUUCUGGUGGUGCGUCACCGGAUGCAGAACUCCGGCAAGUGGGCUAAAGCAAUGGAUAUUGUUAAAGAGUUUGAAGAGAAGUGUGCAACUCCGGUUUCAAAACUCCGGCAGGUUGCUGACGCCAUGACGGUGGAGAUGCACGCCGGACUUGCCUCUGACGGUGGUAGCAAACUCAAGAUGUUAAUCAGCUAUGUUGACAAUCUUCCCACUGGGGACGAAACUGGAGUUUUUUACGCUCUUGAUCUUGGCGGUACAAAUUUUCGUGUUCUUCGUGUGAAAUUGGGUGAAGUUGAUAAUGUGAAAAAAGAAUUUGAAGAGGUUUCAAUUCCACCAAAUCUCAUGAUCGGGAAAUGUGAAGAUUUAUUUGAUUUUAUUGCUGGAGAACUUGCAAAAUUUGUGGCUACAGAAGGUGAAAAUAUGCAAAUUCCAGCUGGCACACAACGGGAGUUAGGGUUUACCUUUUCGUUUCCUGUCAAGCAAUCGUCAAUCGCAGGAGGGACUCUUGUUAGAUGGACUAAAGGCUUCAAUAUUGAAGAUGCAGUUGGGCAGGAUAUCGUCGAAGAGUUGACAAAAGCAAUGGAAAGGGUCGGCCUUGAUAUGCGUGUUUCGGCUUUGGUCAAUGAUACAGUUGGAACUUUAGCGGGGGGACGAUAUAGUGAUCCGGAUGUAAUUGCUGCUGUGAUAUUGGGUACCGGAACUAAUGCAGCAUAUGUGGAACGCGCAAAUGCAAUCCCUAAAUGGCAAGGUCUACUUCCGAAAUCAGGGGAAAUGGUUAUAAACAUGGAAUGGGGCAACUUUCGGUCAUCACAUCUUCCUUUGACCGAGUAUGAUGAAAAUCUUGAUAGUGAUAGCUUGAACCCUGGAGAGCAGAUAUAUGAGAAGAUGAUUUCUGGAAUGUAUUUGGGAGAAGUCGUGAGGCUAGUCUUGUUGAAGAUGGCUGUAGAGGCUGAGUUUUUUGGUGAUACCGUGCCAUCCAAACUUGAAAAGCCUUUCGUAUUAAGGACACCUGAUAUGUCUGCAAUGCAUCAUGAUGCAACCCAAGACCUCAGAGUGGUUGCAACCAAGUUAAAAGACAUACUAGAGAUAUCUAACACUUCUCUAAAAAUGAGAAAAGUGAUUGUGGAGCUAUGUGAAAUCGUUGCAACGCGUGGGGCUCGUCUUUCGGCUGCAGGUAUCCUAGGAAUUCUCAAAAAAAUCGGAAGGGAUACCGUUAAGGAAGGGGAAGAAACCCAAAAAUCAGUAAUAGCAAUGGAUGGCGGGCUCUUUGAACACUAUACUAAAUUCAAAAACGCGAUGCAAAACACAAUGAACGAGUUGUUAGGUGAAGAAGUUUCUAAAAACAUCAUAAUCAAGCUAUCCAAUGAUGGGUCAGGUCUCGGGGCUGCUCUUCUUGCAGCUUCUCAUUCUCAAUAUCGCGAAUACACCGAGUCCACAUAGACUUGUAUUGUUUUUGUAUAUUUAUUUCGGCCUUUUGGUCUAUGGUUUUGAGAACUUUUUGUUUUCGGAUACCUGUUAAAAAGAGUCCCCAUUGAGUUAUGGGGUGUGCAACGUAAUGACUUUGAUGAGGUCUUCUUGGGUCACACGGAAUUGUAUGUUGCUUUUAAGAUAUAUUUAUAGCGAAUAAAGCAAAGGUGUUAGAACUUUUGAAA